CUGCAGCUGAUCGGUGCGACGAUCGAGAAUUCAUCCUUCAGGCUGAACGGUGCCCUGAUCAGCCGCUGUCGCGUCUUCGUGUUGGAACGCCUAACAGACGAAGACAUCACCAAGAUCAUCGUACCGGCAGUCGAUCCCGACCCCACCUCCUCCAACACCCCAUCGCCCCCCCAAUUCCCCGCCUACCCCCACCUCAUGCCCAAGCUUCUCUCCUCCCUCGUCUCUCUCUCCACCGACGCUGCGCACACCGCGUUCUCCCUCCUCGAGCUCGUCCUCUUCGCGCCUCCCUCCACCGACCCAGACGCACUCCUCUCCGCGCUUCGCCGCCCCAUGUCCACGUCAUACGACUGCAUGGGCGAGAGCCACAUUGACAUGAUCUCCGCGAUGCACAAGAGCGUGCGCGGCAGCUGGCCGAGCACCAUGUUCUACUGGCUCGCGCGCAUGCUCACUGCGGGCGAGGACCCGCUGUACAUCGUGCGCCGCAUGGUCGUGUGCGCGAGCGAGGAUAUCGGGCUUGCUGAUAACCAUGCCCUGCCCAUAGCAAUGGCUGCCUUCCAGGCAUGUCAAAUGAUCGGGAUGCCCGAAUGCCGCAUAAACCUGGCGCACCUCAUCUCGUACCUCUCCGAGGCACCAAAGUCUACCUGUGCGUACGAGGGGUAUAAUCGUGCAGAAGCGGCCGCCAAGUCAGAUCCGAUGGCUCCCGUUCCCCUGACUAUGCGCAACGCGCUGACAAAGCUAAUGAAAGAGCUCCGGUAUGCACGUGGCUACUGCUACAAUUCAGACUACACGUAA